UUCAGGCAAAAUGUUGAAGAACAUGAUGUUGGUAGGAACCCUCUGCUGUAUCCUGGGAAGUGCUCAAGCAGCCGACUUUGACAAUACUGAACUAGGAAGACAGUUUUCAUCGUUUUCUUUGAACAGUACAACCCUCACCAAUAUAGCAGCUGGUGCUCUUGUUGCUCUGCUUCUUGUUAUACUUGCACUGGUCAAGUUCCGUGACUACAGGCCAACAGUUGGUGGUAAAGGGCAAACGUACAGUAAGAAUGGAGGAGAAGAGGUGUUUGAUGAAUAUAAGCAGAGAAGCGGAAAUAUUGACGAUUUCACCAACCAGCUGUACCUUUUGGCUGAAGCUUUUACAAAAUACGGCGUAACUGAGACUGGAUGCCAGCUGUACGCUACAUGUACCGCCAGCUAUACCAAAAAUGACAGCCUCUCAAAAAUCAUCACUGAGAUUAUGAGCACCCUUGUAUCCCAGGAUACUGAGGGACUUUUCAAGGAUGACCCUUAUAUGAGGGAUUUGAUGAAGUCUUUCAAGACUGGAUAUUUCGGCUCAGACUGUGAAAAGUACAAAGAUCAGUGUAACAAACCUAAAUCCUAUUAAUCUUAUAAUAAAUCAAUCAAUCAUCAUUUAGAAAUUCAGUCAAAUUUUGAUGUAAACAUUCAGUGA